AUGGACGGCGACGGCGAGGAGUUGACGGCGCAGGAGACCGCUUUGUAUGAUCGUCAGAUUAGGGUUUGGGGAGCAGAUGCUCAGAGAAGAUUAAGCAAAGCUCAUGUCUUAGUCUAUGGGAUUAAAGGAACUAUAUCCGAGUUUUGCAAAAAUAUUGUUCUGGCUGGAGUAGGUAGUCUUACCUUAAUUGAUGAUCGACAUGUCACUGAGGAAGUGCUUUCUUCAAAUUUUCUAAUUCCUCCUGAUGAGAAUGUGUAUGGUGGAAAGACCAUUGCUCAGCUUUGUUGUGAUUCACUUAAAGAUUUCAAUCCUAUGGUUCGUGUUUUUGUGGAAAAAGGUGAUUUGUCAAGUUUUGAAGUAGAAUUCUUCAGCAAAUUCGAUGUUGUUGUUGUCAGCUGUUGCUCACGUUCAGCCAAAAAACUAGCCAAUGACAAAUGCCGAAAAGCAUCAAAACGUGUAGCAUUUUAUACCGUUGACUGUAGGGAUUCUUCCGGUGAAAUUUUCGUUGAUUUGCAGGACUAUAAAUAUUCUAAGAAAAAAAUGGAGGAAACUAUUGAGUGCCACAUAAAAUAUCCAAGUUUUGAGGGUGCUUUAUCAGUACCUUGGAGGGCACUUCACAGGAGAAUGUCAAAGCUGUACUUUGCAAUGAGAGUAAUAGAGAAGUUUGAAGAGGCUGAAGGACGCAGUGCGGGAGAUGUUUCGGAAGCAGAUCUUUCCGAUGUUCUCAAGCUUAAAAAGGAACUUUGUACUGCACAAUCUCUCAAUGAAUCUCAUGUUCCCGACAUUCUUCUAGAAAGAUUGGUAGCGGAUACAGCUGAAUUUCCUCCAGUCUGUGCUGUUAUUGGGGGAAUCCUUGGACAGGAGGUUAUCAAAGCUAUUUCUGGAAAAGGGGACCCCAUAAAAAACUUUUUCUAUUUUGACGCUUCUGAUGGAAAGGGUGUUAUAGAAGACAUAUCUGAUUCAAACGUUGGAAAGUAG